CUAAGCCUAAUAAUAACAUCCUGAGUAAUGAGUGGCCUGGGCCGGAGCAGGCAAGGUGGCUGGAGCGGGGCAGGCCAGGAGGAGCCAUCUCCGCAGGGCCUGCAGAUGAGGGUGACCAUGAAGCCAUGCCCGGAAGAGCAAUACUGGGAUCAUCUGCUGAACAUCUGCCUCUCCUGCAAAUCCAUCUGCAGCCGUAAGAUUCCACAAACCUGUGCAGACUUCUGCAAGUCACUCAGUUGCCGCAAGGAGCAAGGCAGGUACUAUGACUUGCUCCUGAGGGACUGCAUCAGCUGCGCCUCCAUCUGUGGACGUCACCCCAAGCAAUGCACAUACUUCUGUGAGAACAAGUUCAGGAGCCAAGUGAACCUCCAACCAGAGCUUAGAAGACAACAGAUAGAAACCAGGUCAGACAUCUUUGGAAGGUACCAAGGAUCAGAGCACAGAGUCUCGGAGGCAGGUCCAGGGCCUCACUGCUGUCUUAUAGCCCCUCCAGGGCUGAAGCUGAGCGCUGAUCAGCUGGCCCUGGUCUACAGUACGCUGGGGCUGUGUCUUGGCACCGUCAUCUGCUGCUUUCUCCUGGCCGUGGCCUGCUUCCUCAAGAGGAGAGGGGACCAGUUCUCCUGCCAGCUCCCCCCAGGGCCAUGUCAGACCCGGGCCAAGUCCUCCAAUGAUCACUGGAUGGAAGCUGGGAGCGCGGCGGACGUGGCGGACGGGCCGCCGGAGCCAGUGGAGACCUGCAGCUUCUGCUUCCCCGAGUGCAGGGUGCCCACCCAGGAGAGCACCGGGGGCACGCCGGGGACCCCCGGCCCUGCAUGCGCUGGGAGGUGGGGGUGCCCCGACCCAACGGUAGCCGGACAGCUCUGCUCGGGACACCCGGACAGCAGCCUUGAGGUCGUGUGUGCAGCUGCCCAGGAGGGGGGCCCGGCCACAUGA